AUGCGAUGCUUUAUUAAUCGUCAGUUGUUUUGAUUGUCGAGCUGGAGAUUUUUUAUUCUUUUAGCCAUCGUCUAGGACAUAUAAAAGGAUUCGAGGCCUUUCGACAUAUCGUGAAUUAGCAUUAAACAGGAACAUCACAUAAAAUCCGAAUAAAAUGACCAAAUUAAUGCAAUGGUUGCUUGCCUUAUCAGUGCUCGCCGGGGUUUAUUUUGCUCUCGUUCUGAAGAAAAUACAGAAUCAAUUUGUAGACGAUAAUGAGUUUCUCGUACAAAUUUCGCCAAUUAUUCUUUUGGGAUUAUUCGGAGUUUAUUCCGUUGUCGUUGUGCUUUAUCGAACAUUAACGUUCAACGAUUGUCAAGAAGCGGCAGAUGAACUUCAGGAACAGAUUAAAGAAGCUAAAGCUGAUCUCAGGAGUAAGGGGUUCAAAUUUGACUGAAAACAUUUUACACCGUCCAACAAUUGAUUUAUGUACAUUGAAGAAUUUGCAAUAAAACCAUUCCUAAAAAAGAUCAUUCGGACAUAUCAGCUUAAAAUACUACAAUCCAAAUAUCAA